AUGGAUUUAUCAAAUAUUCAUCACAAAAAUGCUCCAACCCACCAAAACCACGAUCCAACGGCCGAUAUCGAAUGGAUCGGCCACCUCCCGGGAGAUGCCAUCACCGAGAUACUUUCACGGCUUCCCGCCAAAAACCUCUGCAAAUUCAGGUGCGUUUCCAAAUCUUGGCUCGAUUUAUUAACCCGGGACAAGGAAUUCAUUACACGACAUAUGAAGAGGUCUAAGGAAAAACCAAUGUCACUCUUCAGAAGGUACGACUUCAAGAGCCAAGUAAUAAUCGAAAUGACCUUAAAAGACGUGCAGGGCAAUACAGUCGAUAAAUUUAUGGAAAAAAUCGAUGUCAUGGUUGACUCAUUUCUCACUUGUGGGCCCCUAAGUGUCUUUUGCGGCAUGUGCUCUUUGUACAUAUGCAACCCUAGCAUGCACAGAGUCGUGCGGGUCCCAUCUGCCCCGAAAGCCCGUUUUCAGAACGUGGGAUUCGGUUAUCUUCCAAAGAAGAGUGAGUACAAGAUAGUGAACCUGUUCUAUAGUUCUUUAGAUGAGAAUCAUAAACUGAAAUGUGAGGUUUUUUCGUUCAAGAAUGGCGAAAACGUGCAAUCGGGUUCUUGGAGAACGAUUAAGCGUUGCCCGUUUAAAACAUGGAUUGAUGGAUAUCCUGUUUGUGCGAACGGGAUUAUGUAUUGGACGAUUUUGUCCUGUGAAAAUAAAUCCAUCUUGUGUCUGAAUUUGGAAAACGAAGAAUUUAGCGACAUUUGUUAUCCGGUGCACGGAGAUAAAAAGUACAGUUUCUUGGAGUGUGUUGGGCUAAUGGGGGAUUUACGUGUGGUGGGAUUUUCGGCCGAGGAGCCAAACAUGAUCGAUAUUUGGGCAUUGAAGGAUAAAGAGAAGAAAGUUUGGGGGAUUGAAUGCAGAGUUGAUCUUUUUCCUUUGUGUCCUAAGUUUCUAAUUCCUAUUUGUGAUGGUGAGUCUGAGGAAAUAUUGGUUCAUAUAAGUGAGAAGGAUUUGGUUUGUUAUAAUGUAAGGAGUGGGAUUUGGUGGAGGGUAGAUUAUUACAAGGGUAUGAAGACUUAUAGUAAACCCUGUUUGUACUAUGAUAGCCUUGUUCCCCUGUAA